AUGGUUCAUCUUUCAGAUGAAGUUAAUAGAAUGGGACCUUUGAUAGAUGCAGAAUUAGAAAGGGUUGAUAGAAAACAUGCUCAGCUGACGCAACUCAGCGGUGAUCUUGUUGAUGCGUUGGGUCUGUAUCAUACUUUGAUGAGGGAGCAACCAUUCUCAGGUGCUGGAAAAAUGGGUUAUGGUUAUCAACCUCCUUCUACACCUAUGGUCUCUCCAUGUAGUCCGACGGAGUUUCAUCUGACUCUUAUCAUAAAUGCUGGUCUACUCCAUAUCAACGAUUUGUUGGAAGCAACUUCAUGUCCAGUACACAGCUUCGCGGAUGAUAGUACCCUCCGUACCGCCUCCUCUUCCAGGGCUCCAAUACCAGCCACACAAAUCAGAAACGAACGAAGAAGAAAUGUUGACAACAUAAAUAUGGAUUUGGCAACAAUUUUCGAAUGGGGAUCCAAUAACUUGGUAGAAUUCAAUGCAAACAAAACACAAGUAUGCUUUUUCUCUAGAAAAGCCGAUCUCACUGUGCCCAACAUAAGCUUUUCAGGAGUAACCAUACCUUUGAAGACAUCCAUUUUGAUGCUUGGUAUCACUAUCAGCAGUAACCUUUCUUGGGAUAAUCACUGCAGCACCCAAACAUACCCUGAAACUGUUAGAUUCUGUCCAAAAAAGGGCAAUUCCUCUCGUGGGGAUGCCUCGCUCACAAACUCACUCACUUCUCUGGAACACCGUAGAAAAGUUGGCGAUCUGGCUCUAUUUUAUAGAUAUUUUUAUGGACGAUGCUCUCCUGAAAUAUCAACAAUUGUUCCUCCUUUGGCAGUCCCCGCGAGAUUAACCGUUACCACCGAUACAACAAGGCCAGCAGACUCUGACGAUAGCGCCAUCAUCGAUAAUAUAACCCUUGUGGAUUUCAAAGUUUUAUCUCUUCAAAUAAAAAAACUACAGGCUGGUUACAUGUCUCCUGUGUCACCCGGUAUACCUCGGGUGUAUAAUAUAAAAUUUCAACAGGGAUUCCCACCCGGCAUGCACAUGGGGCCGCCCCCCGGCAUGCCCCACCAACCGCACGACCGGCCGCAGUUCGCGAUGCCGCCCCAGCCCGGCCUGCCGCCCCAGCAGUUCCACCCGAUGAUGGCCGCCGGGCAGGGCUCGAUCCCGCCGGGGCGGCUGCCGCCCACAGUUGGCCAGAUGGGCGGCCCGCAGAUGCACAUGCACCAGCACGAGCAGCAGCUGGCGCAUUAUCCUGGACCUGGGUGA